GUCAGAUGUAGCCCCGCCCCUCACGGCGCAGCUGCCUGGCAACAUGAGGUCGAGAACAGGAAGAAGUGCAACAGCCAAGUGACACAAGCUGCAACAGUGGACAGAGAAAAGUGACAGAAAAACAGCGAUCGACGCAACAUGGAGGACACGGAGAAAGGCUCUCAGGAACAUUCUGACUCAGUCCCAGAGGUCGGAGAAGAUGCAGUGUCUUCUGUCAGUUCACCUACACCACCCACUGCCUUGUCAGAAGAGGAGCGACAAGAGCUGCAGGAAGAGUUGGUCAAGGUGGAGGAGGAGAUCCAGACUCUGUCCCAGGUCCUGGCAGCCAAAGAAAGGCUGCUGGCAGACAUCAAGAGGAGGCUGGGCAUCACACCUCUGAAUGAGCUGAAACAGAACAUCACCAAGACCUGGCAGGAUGUCACCACCUCUGUGGCCUACAGAAGAACAUCUGAAACACUGUCUCAGGCCAGUUUGAAGGCCACGGCAGCUUUCUCUAAUGUCGGCUCAGCCAUCAGCCGGAAGCUGGAGGACGUGAGGAAAGCACCAACUUUUAAGACAUUUGAGGAAAAAGUGGAGACUUUAAAGACCAAAAUGACACCAUCAGCAUCCACCACCAACACCACGGAGGAGAGCAGCAGCAGCCCACCCUCCGACACUUUGCUCACCCCACCUGAGGAGCAGGACUCACCCAGCCAGGACACACUGAUGCACUGAGACCUGGCUGACCCCCUCCUCUCCACUUCCUCUCACGCUCCUCACCCUCCAUCUUCACCCUUACAUCAUCCACACCCAUGAGCCAGGCUCCUUUGUCUUCACUCCCUGCUCCCUCCCCGUCUGACUUGGGCGUCACUAGUUAACUUGUGUGGAAACUGAAGGCAGACGAGUGUGUCGGUGUGUGUGAGUGGGUCAGAGCAGAUGUGCUUCCUGUGCCAGACCUCUAUUUUUGUUCCAUAUUGGAGGAAUCUUUCUUCUCUUACCUUACACUUCUUCUUUCCAACUUUUCCUCCUUCACUCCUUCAUUUCCUGCCUGUGUCCAAACCAGGAAAUAUCUGAAGCCAAAGUCAGCGUUAACUUUUCCCAGUCUCCUGUGUCAAAGAAACAAAGUUUGGAAAAACUUGAUUAUAAAAAGAAUUAACACUUAAAGCUUUAUUUUGCGUGUGAACCAGGCAGAGGUUGGUUUGUAGCUUCUGUAUCAAAUGCUGGAUUUAUUAUUAGAUAAAUUGGUUAUUGGUUUAUAUAUAUUUUUUUUCUUUCCUUGUUGCUGGGGGCCGGGCGGGGGGUGGGGGGCCAUCUGUUUUACUCACUGUAUCCAUUUUAGCCCAACAUAAGGUAGUCUAACACUGUGUUCCACAUAUGAAUGUACACCUGUUUUGCGUCCUGCAGGUACAACAGAAUCUAAAGCUGCCAUUUCAAACCCAUUUUAAAAUAAAAAAUAUUCCGUUACAUGAAAAUCAAAAGCAGUGCCGUGGUGAAAACCAGAAGCAUAAUGAAAAAAAGUCGUGGUUCAGCUGUGACCUGAGGUGGGAGUGAAUCAAAUAUCUCUCCACAGCCAAUACAAAUAUAUCAAACCUUUGUCUUUUGUCUCUGUUAGGGAGGCGACACCUAGACUCCCUAAAGCGGAGCAGUGCUUCAGUGAUUUGUCAUUUUUUACACUGUUUUAAACAAAGGAUUUUGAUGUCAUUUUUUGGUGUUUUUUGCCUCCCGGUAAUUGUGAUCAUGUUGAUUCACUUUAAUAAAAAAGUCUUGGCAAACUGCA